CCCGCGGUAGCGAGCGACUCUCCACCGCUCGGCUCGGCCACUUUGCUGGGGCCGCCAGCCGAUGCACACUGAUUCCCGUCCUUCAGUUACAGGAGAAUUUGGCGAUCUUGAGACCGAUUUCCGGUCGCUUAGGUCUCCAUGGAGAUAGCACUUUAACCCCCUUUUUUUUUCACCUGUCAUUCCCCGGACUCCACGUGGUUGAGAAGUUGCCCAGAGAAUGUUUGUGGGGAGUCAGGCGGAACGGUGUAGAUAGGAGUGAAGCAGCAAUCAGAAGGGAAGCAGCUAGUGGGACCCAGGAGGAGUAUAAUUUACUGAGCAUCUUCUGGCCACUUCAGCAGUGCCUUAAGUGACUACUGUUAAUUCUAUUUAAAAUGGGUGUAAAGAAGAAGAAAGAAACACAAGUUACUUCAUUGACUGUUUGUAAUCAGGACCUUGAAACUUUGAGAUCUUUGGCUGAUGUGGAAGGGAAAAAUCUAGCUUCUUUGCUGUUACAUUGUGUACAGCUCACUGAUGGCGUGUCACAGAUCCAUUAUGUUAAACAGAUUGUGCCCUUACUGGAGAAGGCAAAUAAAAAUGGCAAGUGUGAUCCCACUAUUCGAAGUUGUUUGGAUAUUUUAGCAGGCAUUUAUCUUUCUUUGAAUCUAAAGAAUCCCUUGAAGAAAGUCUUGGCAAGCUCACUAAAUGGCCUACCUGAAUUUUUUCUAACUGAGGCUACACAAAGUUUUACUUCUCGUCUUCAGAAAGAAUUGAAUACUGCUACUGAUCUAUACUCUUACAGGAAAGUUAUUGACAAUAUAUCUUCCUAUAUGGAGAACUUUGACUUGGGCAGAUCAAGUGUUAAUAAUCUUCUUGAAAAUGUGCUUCAUUUUCUGCAGAAGAGUUUAAUUGAAAUCUCAGAAGAAAAUAGCAAACUGGCUGGAAAUCACAUUGUUCAAACACAGUUGAUGAAUGACUUGUUGGUAGGUAUUAGAGUUUCAGUGAUGUUAGUUCAGAAAGUACCAGAUUUCCAGAGACUUCAUUUGAAGAGUUCUCCUACAUGGCAAAGUAUGUGUGGAUUGCUGAGUAUUUUUACCAAGUUUUUAAGCAAUGAUGACCUCUUACAGACAAUUCAGAGUACAUCUGGAUUAGCUGUUAUUCUUUUUAUUAAGACUAUGUUUCAUCCACCUGAAAAGAUUCCUGAUUUGAUUAGUAGCUUGCUUCUCUGUUCAGUGGACUGCACCAGUGUCCCCGAGUGGCUUUUGGACUGUUGCAGGAGCCUUUGCUGUGCUGAUGUCUCCCAGUCAGCUCUCUUAUUCCUGUGUCAGGGGACACUCACCAUGUUGGACUGGCAGAAUGGGAGGAUGGGCCCUAGUGGGGAGGCCCUGCUCUUGGAUACUGUGCGUGUUUUGUUCAGCUUGAGUUCACAGAUCAAGGAGUCAACUCUGGAAAUGUUUCUGUCUAGAAUUUUGGCAUCUUGGACUAAUUCAGCUAUACAAGUCCUUGAGUCAAGUUCCCCAAGCCUAAAGGACAGUCUGAAUGGGAAUUCAGAUGUGGUUAGGAGACUUUUGGAAUAUGUGUAUACCCACUGGGAACAUCCAUUGGAUGCUUUGAGACACCAAACCAAAAUCAUAUUCAGAAAUAUUCUUCAGAUGCACCAGCUCACUCUAGAAGAGUCAAGUUCAGAUUUGGCUGCUGAUGGUUUCAUUUUUGAACUAACUGAGAGUCUUCUGCGAUUGGAAUGGCAUAGUAAAGGAAAGUACACAUGCCUUGGUUGUUUAGUAGAUUAUAUAGGAAUUGAACAUAUUUUGGCAUUAGCUAAAACUAUUCCAUCGCAAAUCUUAGAGGUGAUGGGGGACCAGUCCUUGGUGCCUUAUGCAAGUGACCUCUUGGAAACCAUGUUUAAAAAUCAUAAGAGUCGUUUGAAAUCUCAGACUGUCGACAGUACUUGGAUUGACAAGUGGCAUGAGACUUGGGUUUCUCCUCUCCUUUUUAUACUGUGUGAAGGAAAUCUGGAUCAAAAAUCUUACGUGAUUGAUUAUUACUUGCCAAAAUUAUUGAAUUGCAACCCUGAAAGCUUAAGCUACAUGGUAAAGAUUCUUCAGACUUCUGCUGAUAUUAAAACUGGGUCUUAUGACAGCAAAGGGGCUCUGGGAGCUUUGAUGGCUUGUCUGCGAACAGCUAGAGCUCAUGGACAUCUUCAGUCUGCAACUGAUGCCUGGAGGGACCUUGUGUCCAGUGCAAGAAUAAAGCAAGGCUUAAUUCAUCAGCACUGCCAAGUACGGAUCGAUACUUUAGGCUUGCUUUGUGAAAGCAAUCGGAGCACAGAAGUCGUUUCCACAGAAGAAAUGCAGUGGAUUCAGUUCUUUAUCACGUACAAUCUUAGCAGUCAGUCUCCAGGAAUGCGGCAGCAGAUUUGUUCUCUUCUUAAAAAGUUGUUUUGUAGGAUACAGGAAAGUUCUCAGGUACUUUAUAAACUGCAGCAAAGUAAAUCCAAACAUGAACCAGAGAAUGAGUUAACCAAACAGCACCCUUCCGUUUCUUUACAGCAAUAUAAGAAUUUCAUGUCAUCCAUUUGCAACAGUCUUUUUGAAGCACUGUUUCCUGGCUCUUCCUACCCAACUAGAUUUUCAGCUUUAACCAUUUUAGGCUCAAUAGCUGAAGUUUUUCCUAUGCUGGAAGGUAACGUCCAAACAGUAUAUCAGCUGAGUCAUGAUAUUGAUGUUGGUCGUUUCCAAACACUAAUGGAAUGUUUAACUGGCACUUUUGAAGAAGUGAAAAUUUUAGCAUUUGAUCUUCUAAUGAAGUUACCAAAAACAUUUGUACAAUUUCAGGAUUCAGAGAAACUACAAGGCUUAUUCCAGGCAGCACUGGAGCUCAGCACAAGCACCAAACCAUAUGACUGUGUAACGGCUUCCUACCUACUGAACUUCUUAAUCUGGCAGAACGCUCUGCCGUCAUCUCUGUCUGCUUACUUAAAAACUCAGCGGGUUGCAUGUGGAGCUGGAGAUGAGUCUGCUGCUGUGGUGGAAAGUAACACAUUGAUGGUUAUCAAAUGCUUGUUGGAAAAUCUUGAGGAAGAAGUAUCUCGGGCUGAAAAUUCUCUGCUUCAGGCAGCAGCAUCGUUUCCAAUGUACGGGCGGGUCCACUGUAUAACGGGAGCUUUGCGGAAGCUACCUCUAAACAGUCUGCAGUUGAUGAGUGAGUGGAGACCUGUGGUGGAGAAGCUCCUUGUGACGUCCUAUAGGCUUUCCGCUGUGGUGUCUCCAGUUAUUCAGAGCUCCUCCCCAGAAGGCCUCAUCCCCAUGGACACUGAUGCAGAGUCAGCAAGCCGCUUGCAGAUGAUUCUGAAUGAGAUUCAGCCACGAGAUACUAAUGAUUAUUUCAGUCGAGCCAAAAUAUUGAAAGAAUGUGAUAACUUCGAUUUGGAGGACUUGAGUGCCAGUGUACCGAAUAUUGAUACUUCUGCAGAAAUCAAAGGUAAAGAAGGAAAAACAUGUGACAUCACUGCUCAGAUGGUGCUGGUAUGUUGUUGGAGAAGCAUGAAGGAAGUCGCUUUACUCUUAGGCUCGCUGUGCCAGCUUCUGCCCAUGCGGCCUGUGCCAGAGUCUCCUGAUGGAUUAUUGACAGUGGAACAGGUAAAAGAAAUAGGAGAUUACUUUAAACAACGCCUUUUACAGUCCAGGCACAGAGGAGCAUUUGAACUGGCUUACACUGGCUUUGUGAAACUGACUGAAAUCCUAAACAGGUGCCCUAAUGUGAGUCUGCAAAAGCUACCAGAAGAGUGGUUAUCAAAUGUUUUAGAGGAAAUUAAAUGCAGUGAUCCUUCAUCUAAACUCUGUGCUACGAGACGAAGUGCUGGAAUUCCUUUCUACAUACAGGCACUGUUGGCGUCUGAACCUAAGAAAGGCAAAAUGGAUUUGUUGAAAAUAACAAUGAAAGAGUUAAUCUCUUUGGCUGGACCUACAGAUGACUCACAGAGCACAGUCCCUAAGGUUCAUGCUUUAAAUAUCCUUAGAGCCUUGUUCAGAGAUACACGUCUGGGAGAAAUUAUUACCCCUUACGUUGCUGAUGGAGCUAAAGCUGCAAUUCUGGGCUUUACAUCACCAGUCUGGGCAGUGAGAAAUUCAUCCACACUUCUUUUCAGUACCUUGAUCACAAGAAUAUUUGGAGUUAAAAGGGGAAAGGAUGAACUUUCCAAAAAAAAUAGAAUGACAGGGAAUGAAUUUUUCUCUCGUUUCCCCGAACUCUACCCCUUUCUUCUCAAACAGUUGGAAACUGUAGCCAAUACUGUGGACAGUGACACAGGAGAACUAAACCGUCAUCCCAGCAUGUUUCUCUUACUUUUGGUGUUGGGGAGGCUGUACCCGUCCCCGAUGGACGGCACCUGUUCCGCUCUCAGCAUGGCGCCUUUUAUUCCCUUCAUUAUGAGAUGUGGUUGCUCACCUGUGUACCGCUCCCGUGAAAUGGCAGCUCGUGCCUUGGUCCCAUUUGUUAUGAUGGAUGAAAUCCCUGAAACCAUCCGAACUCUAUUGGCCAGACUCCCCGACUGCACUGACCAGUGUUUCCGGCAAAACCAUAUUCAUGGGACACUUCUCCAGGUUUUUCAUUUGUUACAAGCCUUCUCAGACUCCAAAUGCAGAAUGAAUACGUACUUUCAGCAGGGGCUGGCCGACGUCGCUGUUUGUACUAAAGCCAAACUCUGGCUGGCCAAGAGGCAAAAUCCAUGUUUGGUGACCAGAGCUGUGUAUAUUGAUAUUCUCUUCCUGUUGACUUGCUGCCUUGACAAACCCUCAAAAGGCAACCAGCCAGUUCUGGAGCAUUUGGGCUUCUGGGAGGAAGUCAGAAGGAUUAUCUUGGGAUCAGAGCUGAUAACUGGAUUCCCCUAUACCUUCACGGUGCCAGGCCUGCCCCAGUACCUCCAGAGCCUCACCAAACUCGCCAUUGCUGCAGUAUGGGCAGUGGCGGCCCAGGCUGGAGAGCAGACAGGGGACCAUCCCAUCUCCUUCUCUCAGCUGUUAGAGUCUUCCUUCCCGGAAGUGCGCCUGCUGACGCUGGAAGCCCUGUUGGAAAGGUUCUCGGCAGCAGCCUCUGGACCAGGAGAGAAGGGACUGCCACCCUUGCUAUGGAAUAUGGGAGGGACAUUCUUGACGUUGGCUAUGAGGGAAGAUCACCCAGAAUGCCUCUGCAAGAUACUGAAAAUUCUCCACUGCAUGGACCCAAGUGAGUGGCUUCCUCAGACGGAGCGCUGUGUCCAUCUAAUCCCAAAGGAGUUCUUGGUCUGGACAAUGGAUAUUGCUUCCAAUGAAAGGUCUGAAAUUCAAAGUGAAGCUCUGAGACUCGCCUCCAAAGUGAUUGCCCACCACAUGCAGACACAUGAGGAGACCAGGGACUUGGUGGCCCCCAACCUGAAGCAGUGGGUUCAGUUGGUCGUCUCUUCCUGUGGAGAUCAUCUUCCCACCGAGUCCAGGCUGGCCGCUGCUGAAGUUCUCACCAGCACCACACCAUUUUUCCUCACCAACCCCCAUCCCAUUCUUGGACUGCAGGAUACGCUUGCGCUCUGGAAGUGUGUCCUCACCCUCCUGCAGAGUGAGGAGCAAGUCAUCCGAGACGCAGCCACAGAAACCGUGAUGACCACCAUGUCACAGGAAAACACUUGCCAGUCAACAGAAUUUGCCUUCUGCCAGGUGGAUGCCUCCGUCGCACUGGAUCUGGCCCUGGCUGUGCUGUGUGACCUGCUCCAGCAGUGGGACCAAUUGGCCCCUGGACUCCCAGUCCUGCUAGGAUGGCUGCUGGGGGAAGGCGAUGAGCUCAUGGCCUGUGUGGAGAGUGAGCAUCAGGUGGAAGAAGACUACCCGUUUGAAAAAACAGAAAUCAACUUUUGGGCUGAGACCCUGAUCUUCGUGAAAUACCUCUACAAGCACCUCUUCCACCUCCUCUCCAAGUCCAGCUGGCGUCCCCUUAGCCCUGAGAGGCUCUGUCAUCUUCAGAGGACAGCAUCAGAGCAAUGCCACCUCCUUUCCCAGCUCUUCAGAGAGCUGCCACCAACUGCUGAGUUUUUGAAGACAGCGGAGUUCACGAGACUGCGCAUUGGGGAGGAAAGGACUUUGGCCUGUCUGAGGCUACUGGCCUUUCUGGAAGGAAAGGAAGGGGAAGACACCCUAGUUCUCAGGGCUUUGGACUCUCCUGCAGCAGCGAAUCAGUUAACUCUUCCAAGAACAGAAACGGCUUGUUGAAGAAAGAAGACUUGUGGGGUCGGGGGUGGGAUGGAUUCUUCCCCCAGUCAUUCCACAGGAAAAUGUUGAACAGAAACUCAAGCAUCUUCUCCCCUUCACACCUCCCCCACUUCUGUGAGUCUAGUCUUCUGUCCUACAGAGGACUUUUUCUUCAGUUCAGUCAUUCAAGGCAGCCUCGUUUAUUGCAGCUACUGUAGGAAGUGAGGCGACCACGUUGAAUAUUGACUCUGUUCCCAGGUGCAGGCCACCUGCAGGCCUGAAUUAGCCUUUUUCAUCCCCCAGGACCUCCAAUGUCCAACCAGAGCCGGCCUGCAUUUUUCUCUGAAUUGACUACACAGAAUUGGGUUUUAACACAUGACUUUCCCCCCUUUUUUUGGCUGGUUGUAGGAGCUGGAUUAGUUGGCAAACAGCCCACUUGGUCAGAAUUCCAAAUUUUAUUCCAUUUUAGCGAAGGCAGAAAUAUGUUCCAAAUGUUGAAUCGUGGGAGAAUUAAGGAUCAACUUCAUACAAAUAAUUUUGUUUUUACUGUCUGCAUGUUUAAGCCUUCAGUGAUCUACACAUGCCAUCCUAAUUAUUAAAAGAGCCAUUAAGAGCUCCCACCCCCCAUAAAAAGUAUCUGUACUAUUGUUAGGAAACCAGUUUGGCCACCCAGUGAAACCAUAAACUCUUGGCUAUUAGAAGGAACCUGGGGAAAGGAGAGUUAGAAUAAAUGACUUAUUUGAUGCC